AUGAAACAAACUGCAGACCGCAAACGACGUGAUGUUUCUUUUGCUGUCGGUGAUUGGGUCUUCUUACGCUUGCAACCAUACCGACAACACACCAUCUUCCGACGGUCCUCACAGAAGCUAUCUACUCGAUACUUUGGUCCUUUUCAGGUUCUCGCCCGUAUUGGCACAGUCGCCUAUCGCCUGAAACUCCCUGACGGAACAAGAGUUCAUCCGGUCCUCCAUGUGUCCCUAUUGAAGAAGCGCUUGGGCAGUGAUACACCUGAAGCAGGUACAUUACCUCCUCUCCGCACAAACAGCCAGCUCAAGCUUAAUCCUGAGGUCAUUCUAGAGUAUCGUACGUUGGAUAACGUAGGCAACAAGGUAUGUGAAGCUUUGGUGAAGUGGCAAGAUUUGCCAAUUGAAGAGGCUACGUGGGAAUGUAUUGGUCAACUUCGCAAGAGUUUCCCAACACUGAAUCUUGAGGACAAAAUUCUUUUCGAGAGCGGGUGUAAUGAUGGAGUUACAGCUGACAAAGACACUGAAGUAGAAGAACCAGAAGCACAUGAACCGAACCAGAGGAUGUCAAACUGA